AAGUGAUGCUUUAGAUACUUGACUAGGACAUGGAAUUGAUAUUUUCUUCACUGUUUCUUUUAAAGGGAGUCUAACGAACUCAUGUCAGGAAGACAUAAUGGACCUCGCCUCCUGGAGCAGCUUCUGGAGUAUAUUGUUUGGAACAUUGGCACUCCUAAUCUUCAUUGGAAACCUAUUUACUCUCGUCAUAUUUUCUAGACGAAAACUUCGCAAACGUCCACAUUUCCUGUUAAUAAGUUUAGCUGUAGCUGAUUUGUUGGUUGGGCUGCUAUCUCUUCCCAUUUACGUUUCACUGCAUAUCCAUACCACAGAGCAGUUGCUAUUUGUUGCAUUUGACUGUGUUGACAUGUUAGCCGGCCAUACAUCUGUGUUCAUACUGGCUGCAGCAGCGUUGGAAAGAAUGCAUGCCAUUGGCUGGCCUCUCCGUCAUCGCAUGCUUAGCACACGUCAAACGUGUCUAUAUGUUGACCAUUGUGACACCUCGGUGCUUAGCUGCACUUGUUACAUCGUCAAGAAUUCUUUUCUUUUUCACAGUCAUAACCCGUCGUCAUUGUGUCAUGGUCAUCAUAUUUUCUUUGACAACCCCACUCACUGUUACGACUUCUUGUUGCUGCUUUAUCUGGAAGACCCUUGGAUUCGAUUGCCAAAUUUACAGAGAAAUGCAAGCGAGGAAAAACUUAGGAAGACACUUUUAUUCCUCACAGGUACCUUUGUUGUUACGUGUUUUCCAUUUGAGGUGUUAGUUGUAGUACUCAAUUUAUGCGUGUCAUGUCGGCAGAUACCCUUGGCUUCCGUCUACGUCAUUAGACUCCUCCAUUACAGCAAUUCACUCAUUAACAUCAUUAUAUACCCGUUACGAAUCCCAGAAUUUAAAAAAGCUCUUUUACAUCUUUUUCCUUCGUUUGGAUGUUUGCGACAAAGACAUCGAGGAAGGUAUCGCAUACACGGAGGAAUCUCCGUAAUCUCCAUGACAACCGCAAUAGACUCUUUUUCUCUUUUGGGGUUUGAGGCAACGGAACAGACAUCCUAUCUAUAA